GAGCUGAUGAGAGUCCCCACCACAGCCGCGGGGAGGGCCAGCACCGCCGGGCCUCCUGCCAGCCCACCUGCCUCCUGCCUGCGCCCGGCCCGCCCGGCAGCCCUUGGGAACGGCUCCAUCGCCAAACACCGUUCCCCUUGGAGCAGCCCAGCUCCGCGGGGCAGUCACGGCGGGUUGGCGUGGGUGCCGAUCGCUCAGGUCAUGUCGGUUCCUUCAGAUCUUCACCAGCGCUAUGUGCAGGCCUGCCAAAACUUGGGCCAGCCUGAAAACCCCUUCAUUGCUCAUGUGCUUCAAGAAGCUGAUAAAAAUGAUGAAACCAGAUGGACAAAAGGAAUCACAUUAAAAAUAGCUGGAAAUAAUCAUCUAGUGCCUGUGCAGAGAGUUACAGGUGAUGAUCUUCAAGUUCUUGCCUCUGUCUUACGUGACACUGUAUUUGUCACAGGUUUGGAUCUUAGGUGUAACGUGUUGACUGAUAGUGGAGCAAAGAACGUGGCAGCACUCCUCCAGGAAAAUUCCACUCUGCGGUACCUUAACCUGAUGUUUAAUGAUAUUGGCACAAGUGGAGCAGAGCUGAUAGCAGGAGCGCUCCACAGGAAUAAAACUCUUGUGUAUAUGAGAAUGACUGGAAACAAAAUAGGCAACAAAGGUGGGAUGUUUUUUGCUUCAAUGCUACAAAUUAACUCAACCUUAGAGAAGCUGGAUCUUGGAGACUGUGAUAUAGGUAUGGAGUGUCUAAUAGCAAUAGCAACAGCCCUGACUCAGAACAAAUCAGUCAAAGCAAUAAAUCUAAAUCGUCCUUUACUAUACAGCCAAGAGGAAGAGACCACAGUUCACGUAGCUCUGAUGUUGAAAAAUAACUCCUCGCUUGUGGAACUACACUUGUGCAAGCAUGAAAUGAGAAACUUUGGUGUAGAGCGACUGUGUGAGGCAUUAUAUGAAAACUCCAGCCUGAGAUACCUCGAUCUUAGCUGUAAUAAAAUAACCCGUGAUGGUGUAAAAUUUCUGGGAGAACUACUAAAACUGAACCAAACCCUGGAAAUCCUAGAUCUCAAUGCAAACCGAAUAGAAGAUGAUGGAGCCAUCUACCUGAGUGAAGCCUUGGCUUUGUACAACAGGACUCUGCAAGCGUUGUCGGUGGUAAGCAACAACAUAAGUGGCAAAGGACUCGUAGCUCUUUCAGAUGCGAUGAAAACAAACAUGGAACUUUCCUAUAUUUACAUCUGGGGGAACAAAUUUGAUGAAGCCACCUGUAUGGCAUUUUCAGAAUUAAUCCAGACAGGCCGCCUGACACCCAACCGUACCGAUGUGGAACCGUACGAAGUGGAUGGGCACAUUCACCUUGCGGAGCUCUCCCACGGCCUUCGGAGGCAUUACUACUGGACACCGAGUUGUGGGGAGGUGACGAAGAAAGACGCUAAUGCCAGUCUGGCCAUUGCAGCUGUUUCAGAACACUUGUGAGUGAGGUAGCAGCUUGAUGCAUUCCAUACGGUUGAGCUUUUCCUAUCUGGUUUCUACCAAGUUAAAUUCUAUUAAUACCAGACUGGCUGCACAUUGUUGCUUCUGGGUCUUUAGUCUACAAGGAAUGUAAACCCACUUGAAAUGGCAUUAGAGAUAAAACAGCAAACCACUGACCUUAAAAUUUGUUGCUAAAUAACGCUCAAUCUAUUAAGAGCCCAUUAAUAUGAAAAUUCAUUAAUUUUGCUGCAGUUAUUUCUACAGCACUCUAUCUCCUUUGCUGUACCAUGAUUAAUUGUAGCUCUAGGGUUUUGAGGCAAUAGAUAAAUUUAGUAAAAGAACAUGCUUAGAAGAAAACAUUUUCACUACAGCGAGUGAGUGACACUAGGUAUUCUUAGCAGUAGUGGGGAGUAAACAGUCACUGACCAGAGGCAUGCAAAGGGUUUAGACUGCAGCAGUGCAGAUGCAUGAGUUGAACUCCUAGCAGCUGAACUACUCCGCUGUUUUUAAAGACCCCCUGAGAUCAGCACUUCUAUCAAGUGCUGCUUAUUUAAAAAAAGAUGCAGGGGCUGGACCAGAGCAGCAGUAGCGCCUGUGAACAGAGCAUCGUGACCACAGGGUCCUCUUCCACACAGCUGCUGCAGAGGAAGAGCUGCCGUUGCCUUCCUGGGCUGCAGUCUCUGCAGUCAGGCUUCCACGCCGCAGGAACAGCCCACAGGUAACGUUGCUGUGUCUCUGGAGUACAGCCAGGCCCAUCAAACUGACAAAAACUUAAACACCUGGCACAGCUGCUGGGCAGGAGCUUUGCUUGACAGCAAAGCAGAUAUGCUGUAGAACAAGAUUCCUGCUGAAGCCGAGAGGUUUGGGUAAAUCCAUUUGCUGCUACUGUGCUCUAUAAACUGUCAUCUCUGACUAGUAGUUGCACGCUUUUGAUCUUUUUCCAAGAGUGACUUUUUUUAAAACCAAGUUAAAUGAAUUAGUGAACCUAAUUUACUGUGAUAUCAAUGGUAUUUUGAUUAACUCGCGGCAUGUAUUUCUUUCUU